CCCAGAGAACUCACAAAUGGAGCAUCUUCCCGAGUUGCUUCAACAAUUAAAACCGAAAAAAACGGCAAAAAGGCCCACAAACCCGUAAUUCUGAUUGACCCCACACCCCCAGUGGUGAAAAGUCCCCGGAGUGGCCCCAAGUGCUUAAAAAAAACCGCCAUUUCCCCGUAGAAAAAAAACCCAAGGCCCCCACACCUUAACCCCCCGAGUGUCCAUCAAACAAAAACCGGGAGAGUGCUAAAUCCAGGAGAUGCCAACAAGUAGUUCACCAGUUCACCAGCUGACAAUGUGUGAACCCAAGGCCCUUUCAACUUCCCAUGUCACCCCUACCAGGACCUAAUCCAAAGUCCCUGGAAAAAACCUCCAUUUUUCCCCGAAAAGAGGCUGAAAAAAAAAUUGAUUUUCUACCCUGGAGGGGUGAGGGAUUGACCUGAGGGGGACAGGUGUGUCCCUGAAGAUGAGCAAGGGUCACAAGGACGAGGUUUGCACCUUCGAGACAAGAAGAAUAAAGAAAGAGAGGAAUGAUGCCCACGAGAACGGUAACCGAAUCGUUAUAUCGGGCGUUCAGGAUGCACCUGGUGACACCCACCAGAGGGUGGCUAAUGGAUUUCACGGGUCUGAUAUACUCCACGAUCUGAUCACCACGAAAUUCAGUGGAGGCAAUAAUUCCAAUAAUGGGAAACAGGAGAAAAUUCGAAUGAUCAUUGAAGAAGCCAUUGGAGCUGAGUCCAAGACGAAGGUCCAGGAGGUCUUCCUCAGGGUGGAGCAGCUGAGAAUUGAGGAGAAACUGUUGCUGUACCUGAGGAUGCCCUCGUGUCUCACCAGUGGCUCUGGCACGAUAGAUCCUCUGAGACAGCCCCUCAAUCCUCUUGGGAAUCGGUAUGAGAUACAUCAGACUAUAAUGUGGAUUAAAACCCAUCUCGAAGAGGAUCCUGAUGUCUCGUUACCCAAGCAAGAGGUUUAUGAUGAGUACAAUACGUUCUGCCAGAUAAACUCCAUGAAACCACUGAGUACUGCGGAUUUUGGGAAAGUUAUGAAACAGGUUUAUCCCAGGGUGAGGCCCAGAAGACUCGGGGUCAGGGGACAGUCGAGGUAUUGUUACGCCGGGAUGAGGAAGAGAGUCAAACUAGCUGUACCGGCGUUACCCAGUGUCAAGGAAAUCCAGGAAGUCGAAGAGUUCGAUGAUACAAUAACCGAGGAAAUGCUGGGAGCAGCAUCGACUUUAAUUCGAGAAUGGGCGGAAGGGGUUCUCGGCCUGAAAUUUCCAAAUCUAGCUGCCCUGGCACGACACCUCGUCGAGAACAUCUGCGUUGACACCCAGUCACUGGCAGCUGUCUGUAUUCUAAGUGCCACAGGUGACGCUCUCCCCUCGACACCAAAAGUUCCAGAGACACCGCCGAGCCUAUCCGUAACUCCAGUAGCUGGAAAACCAGCAAAACUUCGUGAGGCCCAGCUCCAACUAGUGAAGAAACUCCAGCAGCGCGAGCAAACUCGUGAUCAAAAACACCAGGGUAAAACGGAAAAAAUUGACCAAGGUACAACAAAGCCACCCCCAAAUAUCCAAAAAUCCAAAAAGCAAAAAUCCCCAAUAUCCCCUUUAAUAUCAACAACUCCGAAAUCCACUCAACCCCCACAGCCUCCAUCUACCUCAAAUCGGUCUAGAAAACUGCCGAGAUCAUCAAAUCAGCAGUCGGUCUCACUACAAUUGAACUGUGAUAAUAAAUCUUCAAUUAACAACGACGAUCAGUCACUGAACGGCGCCUUUCCCCCAGAUUCUGGCCAUCAGAAGCCUCAAAAAAAUUCCCGAAAACGUCCAAGCCUCGACGACAAUCAACUAAACCCAGACACAAGUCCCGAAAAACUCCAGAAAACCGAUAAAUCACCAAAAGCCGACGAAAAAAUUAUUCAGAACUCGAAGAAUCCCAGAGCCCCUGGAAAAAUCUCUGUGGUAGCCCCAAACAUUCUCAAAUCGAAGCUCCAGAAGAUCGACGUUGAUAGCUUGAAGCCCCUCCAGACAUCCAGGAAGACCAACGGAAAAGUCCCCCCUGGAGAGACUCCAGAGGUCCUCAUAAAGGACGAGAUAUCCCUCCUGGAGAGCUCAAAGCUGUGUGCAAUUGAUCCAGGGGCUCUCGACGACUACUUGAACGGUGGCAACAACUCCCAAGAGCAGGAGGAGGAGCUUCUCCAGUAUUUUCAGCAGUCAAGCUCCUCGAGUUCUGACGAUAUUCCAAUUCCAGAGAUACCGAUGCCCUCGCGAUCGGACAAAGUGUCGCAACUGCGACUGAUUCUCCAGCAGAAUCUCAAGAACUCGACAAUUCCAGGUCCCUCAAAUGACCCCAGAGAGGCCCCAGGUCCCCAGAAUCCCCAAAAAAUUCUGGAACAGAGACUGGAAGUCCAGAAAGAGGAGAAAAUGAUCUUGCCCUCGUUGCUGAACCAGACGAACAACUCUCGGAGACGUGUUAGCUUCGAGACAACAGUAAUUGAACAUUCACCAGCUGUGACAUUGCCAACUGUUCCCCAGUCUCCAAAUACCAGACGAAGAAUCUUCAACUUCACACCAAUAUCUCCAGGACCUCAUUCGCCCAUAAACAUCACACCUAAUGGCCGUGCAGCGUCGAAACCAAAUUCAGCAAAUGCUUCGCCAUUUGUAUCACCAAGAAACACUCCAGUGCCUCGCUCCAGGAGUACAAUGGCACCCUGUCGAUCCUCUCGUUCCUCCAGCAAUGGCCCCAUCCCCCAAAAGACAUUCAACAGAUCUGCCAGCUGUUCUGCAAGUUAUUCAUCCAGAAAUGAUGACACAACAUUCGUCGUUCCAACCUCUGGAACAUCUGGAACAUCUGGAUUAUCAGGAAUUUCUGGAAUGUCUGGAAUAUCCGGCAUUUCAGGGAUUUGCUCAAUCCCUGGUAAAUCAUCAGCAGAAGUUCAGGUUGGAGGUGGUAAAACCCUGUGUUCGACGUUUCUUUCGAGUGAUUUAACUCCCCAGAAGCAAUUGAUGAUAAAUUACCCUAGUCAGGAGAAUCUCCAAGAGAUAAAAAAUAUCCACAAGAGGCCAAAACCGGAUGAUCAGGAGAUAAGUGAAUACUUCAAUGGAGUUAAAGGAACUUUUGGUGAUAAUUUCUCAAGAUCGCAGUCAGUACCACUACACAGAAUGGUAAAUCCAACCCUGAUGUCACCUAUAUCGUCGACGUCUACUCCCUAUCAGGGACUCUAUCAAUUUCAAACGUCCAGCUGUUCGUCAGUGGCACAGACUCCAGUUCCAAGUGAAUACAAUGAUUUUGAGCCAAGCUGUUUACUGGAUGAAGUAGGUGCCAAUCUUAUGGGAGAGGAUCAGGGCUUUCUCAUGGAGGACAAGGAGAUAUCCAGCGAGAAUAUAACUAAAAUUCUUAAUUUUUUGGAUGAGGACACUGGGAAAGGUCUCAACAUAAUCGAUAAUGGACCAGACGAGAUCAUUCCAGGAUCAGGAAUCAUUCUUGAGGGCCAGGCAGAAGCACUGGCGCUGCCUCCAGGUAUUCUGGAGCCUGGGCUGGAGCAGAAUCAAGUGGAGGAGAUGCAGAGGGGAAUUCACACGAGGAGUUACACGAAUACACCACUUCCUGGGGCCAGUCAAAGUCUUGUUGAUGUCACUGCUGGAGUUGCUGGUGGGGGUGUUAGUUAUGCUGGGACGUUUGAUGACAGCAGUGGAUCUAGAUCAUUUCCCAGUACACCACAGGUCUAUCAGGAGAGCAAUGAGCCCAUGUUGUCGAGUCCCACUUUGAAUUCGUUGAAUCUUAGGGGCGAGGGUGGUACCAGUGGCAGAGCUGUUAGUGAUCUCUUGGAAUCGAAUUUUCUAGAUGGCGAGGGUCCUGAGGAGGGACUCGAUCCACUCGAGAAUUUUGAGGGGGGGUUCCAGGAUGAUGAGGUGCUGGGACCAUUGUUCAUUGGAGUUGAUGGAAAUCAGUGAAGACAGCCGAUUCAGGUGGAUCAGAGGGGUAAUUGGGGAUUCACUACGAUUCUGUAUUUACACUGAGGAAAUUAUAUUUUUUCCUCCGUCAAGUCUUGUUACAAUAGUUUUCUCUCUCCUUUACUUCGUGGGAUUUAUUCUGAUCUAGGGAAAACUCUUGAAUUCACGAAUUUUUUAGUUUCCCCUAAUUUAUCAUUAUGUUUACGAAAUUAUUGAAUUGAAAAAUGAAAUCUCUUAGUAGUUUCAAUUAUUGUGUAAAUUGUUGAUGGAUUUUUAGGUUCAAAUUAAUUAAAUGAAUGCAUGAGAUGGUACAAUUGAUAUUUUUGGCUGGAGAAUUGCAAAUUUAUUAACGAUUUAUUGUGACAGGACUUGUUAGAGAAAAAUAUUUUUUUAUUAGUGUUUUUCUAUGGAAAAUUGAGGGAGAAGAGAGUUCUCUGUUACUGCUCUAUCCUGGAAUUUUGAAAGGAUUUUUUGAAGGAUGAUCUACGAAAGGCAGGCUGUGAGAAAAAGGGUUUCACUACUACAAAAAUAUGACGGGAAAUGUGAUAGUUUCUCGUUCAUCUGCUGUGCAAAACCACGCCGGGUUUAUUUUUUGUAUUAAAAUGAUAAACAUGACAACACUGCCAAAUUUGUGGGUAGAAUCAAUUGGAUUUUUAAUUGAUUUCGGGGAAGAGGGCAGUACCGACGGAUGUGGUGGAAUUAUUAAACAUAAUUAUGUAUUUUCACUUGGGUUUAUAAGUGAUGAAAAGUAUUUUGGUCCCAAAUCGAUAAAAAUUGAGAUAAUUGAUACAUUGAGAUAAUUCGAUAUUCAAUUGUAUGCGAAAAAUUGAUCGUUUUAUUACCGAAUUUUCACAUGAUUUUUUAGAGAUUUUUGGUUUUCCAGGGAUUUAAAUUAACGAAAAAUGAACAGAAAUAAUUUUUGAUGAUGUGAAUAGACCAGCUUGGGACCUCGAGAUUAUUAAGGAUUAAUUAAUAUUUCUUCUUUUUCAUUAUUUUUAAUAACUAAGCGUGAGACAGGGGCAUUUCGUAAUUAUGAUCACUAGAUUCUCUUUCUUUUGUACAAAUUAAUUUUACAAAGUGUUAAGAUAAGGUGUCAAUGGUAUUUCGAGUAUUUUUGGUUUAUUCAGUGCAAUUGGAAAUUUUGAGUGGAGAAAAACAAAUUUAUAAAAAUUCAACAGUUUUUUUUAAAUGCGAGGGAUUCGUUGGGGAAAAAUAGUUGUGAAAUAAUUGCUAUAUUGUUCGCAAUUGUAUUUUUCAUGUAUUAAAGCUGAUUUUAAUUAUUCAAAUCGAUGAAAAAUGUUUUAAUGAACGUUGUAACGUUAAUUGGGCUCAAAUGAUUGGAGAUAUGAUAAAUGUUGACGUUUGUAAAGUUUUUAAAAAUUGUAUUAUUUCUAUUUACUUUGGUUCCAUCGGUGGAAUGCAGAGUUGAUUUUUUAUUAUUAUUAAUAAACCGACGAGACAUUGACAAUUGAUCAAUUGAUAAGAGAUAUCAAUCGAGUGCGAGAAUUUCUCACAAUUUCAUCUCUUCAUUCCACUUGAUAGCAGAAUUUUAAAAUCAUCACCAGUAAAAUAAAACACAUGAAGAAAUGAUUUACCUACAGUUACACGCACAAACGUACUAGCUAUAUAUAAUUGUAACCAUGUAAUCGGGAUUCGUCGUGAAAUAGUUGAAUUUAUCGUAAACGAGAAAAAAUAAUAUUACAAAGAAAAAUAUAAAGGAAAGUGUGUCCAGUAGCUAGAACUGCAUAUCCCAACCAUAGAUCGAUUUCGACUCAAUUAACAUCCAAAAAUAAUGAACGAUGACUACGAAUUAAUUAAUCGAGCUUAAAACAAAUUUUAAAUCCUUUUAUACGUAUGAAAAAUGUGAAAUUACUCUUAGAUAAAUGAAUUUUUGACAAAUUUUUUCAAUCAAUGGAACAUUCUGUCGAUUAUUUACAUAGAAUUAAACUUUGGAACGAGUAUUUGAUGUCAAUUCGAUCGAUGGUGAUAAAAAAAUUGAAUAAAUUGUGUUGCAUGCAAUAGAAAAAUGAUUAAUCACAGACGUAGGACAAUUUCA